GAGCUGUCAUUCUAUUGUUUAUCUGCAUCUUCGAUUUGCAUUUGUUCGGUGCCUACUUUAAAGUGUACACCGCAUGUUUUCAGUGGUAAUUGAUCAAUUGAUUGAUAUUCCCCGCAAAGAAGAUUGAUUCGCUAUUAAGAAUAAAGCUUGCGUAUCCUCCAAAGCAUGGCGAAUAUUCCACCGAUAAAUUCGAGAGUGUAUGUGGGAGGUUUGGGCGAGCAGGUCAAGUUGGAAGAGUUCGAAGAACUCUUCAAAGACUGCAAGCCGUACCAAGAUAUGACACUCUUGCGAGGAUUUGGCUUCAUACAGUUUCACACCGAAAAAGCGGCCCAAGCUGCGAUCAAGGCUAUGAAUGGAAAAGUAUUCAACGGACGCAAACUGAUGGUAAAGGUAGCGAAUGACAAUCGUGCAAAAAAGGGACUGCUUCCUCGGGGAGCACCACCCGCUCCAAAUGCAAAAACAGCCGCUCCGGGUGUAGCAGCCCGGGACCGUUCGCCUGUUGAUGUAAUUCAUCCACUUAAGCGCGGAUACCAUCCGCUGCAGUACAGUGUGGCCGAUUUGAGUAGCGUGUACCCCGAAACGCCUAUCGGACAAGCCCCGCUUCGUGGUAUCGAAAGCAACGAUUGUGAGAUAAUAGUCGUUAACAAGGAGCUAACACCUUACGCCGAGAUGAUCGAAGCACGUUUGAAGCGUGCGGGGCUAAGCGUCGAUCUGCUGUUCCCUAACAACGAUGUUCCGAUAGGCAAAGUACUCGCGAACAGAGCAUCGCAAGGCACAUACUACUGCAUCGUGAUUACACCGGAGAAUCAAGAACGCAAUAGUAUAACCGUGAACGUUUUGCACGGCAUACCAGCGGAACAUCGCAACAUGCCGUCGGAUGAUGCUAUAAAUUUCGUCGUAAAAAAUUUCAACGAAAAGAAAAGGCACGAGCAUGCACCGCACAGUCUCUCUGCUUACCAUCAUGCAGCUCCUUCAGUUGUUCCACCGCCCUCCCAGUCCGUGCCAUUGCACGCAGAGCCUUCCCAGACACAGGAAAAACACCCAGAAGCGAUACAGAACAUGAUCAAUCUGCUGGCUGCAAACCGUCCGCUGACUGUUUUACAGUACGAAAGGCUGAUCAAGUAUCUUACCGAACGCAAAGAAUUGCAAAUAAGGCUAGAAUUGGGAGAGGAUGUCGAUACCACGACAGCAUCAGCGCUAAUACCGCCAAUUAUUCCCGCUGCUCCGGUCAAGACCAAGCAGGACACAGAGCGAGAAUUGCAAAAGAAAAUUUUGGACAUAAUGAACAAGCCAUCGAUUAUCGGACUCGCAAAGUCUACCACUUCAACUGAAAACAUCAGCAACGAAAGCAGCCGAUUGAACAUGAAUCUUCUUCCAACCUCAAGACUGCUGCAUGAUCCGAAGGUACAACGCGCGCUAGAUUCCCUACUGCAAAGUCAGCUGCUUUCGAACGUUGGAUACAAAAUGUAAGCGAAGCAUUACUAUUCCACUAGAGCUAAUGCAUUCUUACACCAAUCCAAACUGGAAGGUUUACAAUAAGAGCACCUGCAAAAACGUUGUUAAAUAAAGCGUUUUGCUUGUUCUUGUCGAAAAAAGGCGAUUUAAAAGUUUAAUAAAUCUUGCUCUAUUCGUACCGCCUACCUGACAACCCGUCUCAGGAAGUUAAUUAUGUAAAAUAUAAUACUUAAACAGUAAAUAGAGAAUACAGCGCAAA